AUGGAUGAGAAGACAGGUAUAAAGCGCUCCAGGCGCUCUAGAAGUAUUAAUACGAUAUGGAUAUCAGUAAGCAUUGUUUUAGCCGGACUAUAUGUCAUUUUUGGGCCUUUGAAUUAUCCGAAACUCGGAAAAGAUUCAGCCUUACCAAAUAAGGGUCACGCUCAGAGUUCUUUCAGGUUGGAACACAUCUACAGGCAUGGGAUAGGUACAUACCCCAAAAUGCAAGUACUAGAAGCUAGUAGCGAAGUAAUAGAAUCGGGAAAGGCUAGAUUUUCGGAGCUGCGUACUGCUCAGGAAGGAUCAGACUCGGCUGCAAACGACGACAUCUGGACAUCAAGUCCCCAUUAUGCCACAGAAAACCCGUUGGAUCACAAAUUCAAACUAUCACUAGAGCCCCAGGUGCUGAAGCGCAUGCUUUAUCGUGACCCAGCGUUUGUGGAGUCGUAUUUGGAUUAUGCUCACGAAAAUCCGCACAUGGCUUCGAAAGUAAACCUUGAUUGGAUUGACGAAACUGUACUUGUUCCAAAUAUAAGUGACAAAGAAACCGUGGUGAGCUUGGCCCUUAUGUCAUCCAACGCUUACGUCAAGCUACCACACACGGGGGACUGGAGGAACGUCACAGGUCCAUGGAACCAUACUGAAAAUUCGGGCCAUGGUUGGGACGACGAUGGAAUUCGCGGCCAUAUAUUUGUCGACGACGAGAAGGACAUCGUUGUGAUAGCGAUAAAGGGCACCAGUGCACAAGGACUCACUGGGUCCGGUGAAGACGAAACAACGGUCAACGAUAAGAUUAAUGACAACUUAUUAUUUUCAUGUUGCUGUGCCAGAGUGAGCUAUCUGUGGACUACGGUGUGUGACUGCUAUCUGAAGUCUUAUACUUGUGAUGAAACUUGUUUGGAGAAGGAACUAAGAAGAAAAGACCGCUACUACAAAGCUGUUUUAAACAUCUACCGUGAAGUGGUACAGAGGCAUCCAUCCUCUACCAUUUGGGUGACCGGCCACUCCUUGGGGGGUGCUCUAGCUAGCUUAAUGGGUCGUACUUAUGGGCUCCCUGUAGUUGCUUUCGAAGCACCAGGCGAGCUACUUGCUAGCAGACGGCUUCAUCUCCCUAUGCCUCCUGGAUAUCCCAACUAUUUGGAAGGUAUAUGGCAUUUCGGCAAUACUGCGGAUCCCAUUUUCAUGGGAACUUGUAACGGGGCUAGCUCGUCCUGCUCCAUAGGGGGCUACGCAAUGGAAACUUCCUGUCAUACGGGUAAACAGUGUGUCUUUGACACUGUGAAGGAGAAAGGAUGGCAUGUUAGCCUCUUGAAUCACAGAAUUCAUAAAGUUAUAGACGGAGUACUUGAAGCAUAUGAAGCUCCUGCAAGAUGCGUGCCACCAGGCCCAUGUCAUGAUUGCUUCAAUUGGAAAUACGUCAAGGAUUCCUCGAGUAAAACAACUAGCUCGAAGUCCCAGUCUUCCACCACAAUAACAAGAACGACAAAUACAAUCACCUCAGAACCUACAAAUACUAGUUGCGUGGGUCGCAACUGGUAUGGGUGGUGCACUGAAUAUGGGCUUUAG